AUGGAUCUGGAUAAAGCCUCCGUCUGGGAUUCGCUGAAACAGAAAACAAAGCCGCUGUUCCAAAACUUCAGCUUUAGAAGGACUAAGAAAAACUCCACCAAAACGAUGGAGGCACAGAAGCAGCACCCCUUAGACCGGCGUCUGAGCUCCUCGGUUCCUGACAUGUUGAAUGUUGAGAGGGUUGUCGAAGAAAAAGCCAGCUGCUCGCGCUCCAAAGCCUUGUCCACGUUCCUCCCGAGUGGUUUUUCUGCCACUGAGAUGUUCGUCAAGAACAGCAGCAGCACCUCUUUGAAACAGGAGGGGGAGGAUUGGCAGUGGAGUCAUCGGGAGACUGUUCACAUGGAAAUAGGGGUUAGAGGGGCAGAGGAACCUGCCGUUUCUGGGCUAGGGUCUGAGCUGAAGCAGAGGUCCUCUGAUGAGCUCUUCGAAUUGCUGCAAAGAAGUAGCUUCAGCAGUGACCUUACAGAAGACACCAUGGAGCGUUCCUGUGAAAGUUCCAACUUUGACUCCUCCUGUUCCUCCCAGCUAUUUGAAGAACCUUCUGCGCUUCCGGGAGGAAGUGGUGGUCUGAGUAAAUUGCCCGGCACAUUCGCCUAUCUCUUAACAAUACAUCUGAGAGAAGGCAGAAACUUGGUCAUUAGAGAUCGUUGUGGUACAAGUGACCCAUAUGUGAAGUUCAAGGUGAAUGGGAAAACCCUUUACAAAAGCAAGGUCAUCUACAAGAAUCUGAACCCCGUUUGGGAUGAGACUGUCGUGCUUCCGAUCCAGUCCCUGGAUCAGAAACUCCGUGUCAAGGUAUACGACCGAGACCUAACCUCUUCUGACUUUAUGGGUUCAGCUUUUGUAAGGCUGGAUGAAUUGGAACUUAACAGGACUACUGAGAAGAUUCUUAAACUGGAAGAUCCAAACAGUUUAGAGGAUGACAUGGGUGUGAUCGUGUUGGAUUUGAAGCUAGCUGUGAAGCAGGCAGACAUUAAAAGAAACAAGUGGACAAAUCGAAGGAAGCUCUCUACGCCAAAGGCAAGCUUCAUGCGGACGGUGAGGCUGUCAGAUUCUUUACGGAAAAGCCAGCUGUGGAAUGGGACAGUCAGCGUGGCCUUAUUGGAAGGGAAGAAUAUCCCCGGAGGGGGCAUGACACAAAUGUUUGUUUGGUUGAGAAUGGGAGAUCAGAAAUAUAAGAGUAAGACACUGUGUAAGAGUGCAAACCCACAGUGGAGGGAACAGUUUGAUUUUCACUACUUCUCUGACAGGAAGGAUGUGUUGGAGAUUGAAAUCUGGGGAAAGGAUAACAAAAAGCACGAAGAAGUUUUGGGAUUGUGUAAAGUGGAUAUUGUUGCGCUGCCUGACAAGUGGGCAAACCGCUUGGAAUUGGCGCUGGAGAAACAGCCGGGGUCUCUGCUGGUGGUGGUCUCUGUUGCACCCUGCUCAGGAGUUUCUAUCUCGGAUCUGUGCAUUUCCCCUCUGGGAGACCCCAAUGAAAGGAAGCAGAUUUCUCAGCGCUACUGUCUUUGGAACUCUUUCCAAAAUGUAAAGGAUGUUGGAUUCUUACAAGUCAAAGUUUUAAAAGCUGUCGAUCUGUUAGCUGCAGAUUUUUCAGGAAAAAGCGACCCCUUCUGCGUGCUCGAGCUAGGGAAUGGACGGCUACAGAGUUACACCGUUUACAAGAACCUCAAUCCGGAGUGGAACCAGGUCUUCACUUUCCCUGUUAAAGACAUCCACGAUGUUCUCGAAGUGACAGUGUUUGAUGAAGACGGAGACAAGCCGCCGGACUUCCUUGGAAAAGUUGCCAUUCCACUGCUGUCUAUAAGAAAUGGACAGCAGAGCUGCUACGUUUUGAAGAAUAAAGACUUGGAACUUCCUUCGAAAGGGACGAUCCAUUUGGAGCUGGAUGUCUUAUUUAAUCCUGUGAAAGCCAGUGUCAGAACCUUUCUGCCACGUGAGAGGCGGUUUCUGGAAGACAGCCGCAAGUUUUCAAAGAAGAUCUUAGCGAGAAACGUGGAGCGUGUGAAAAGAAUCACCAUGGCGGUCUGGAACACGAUACAGUUUCUCCGAAGCUGCUUUCUCUGGGAGUCUCCGGUCAGAAGCGUGGUUGCAUUUGUGGUGUUUGUGGCCACGGUUUGGCAUUUUGAGUUGUAUAUGGUGCCCUUGGCUCUGCUGGCGCUGUUUGCGUACAAUUUCUCUGUGAUCACGCCCGACAAAGUCGCCAGUGCCCAAGACCCCCAGGACUGCUUGGAUGUCGAAGAAGAUGACGACGACGAUGACAAGGAAUCUGAAAAAAAGGGCUUAAGAGAAAGAAUUUACAUGGUGCAGGAUAUCGUUAUAACGGUCCAAAACCUCUUGGAAGAUAUUGCCUCUUUUGCAGAAAGGAUAAAAAACACGUUCAACUGGACAGUCCCUUUCCUAUCUGUCCUAGCUUGCUUAGUCUUCACAGUGGCAACAAUCGUGUUGUAUUACAUACCGCUUCGGUACAUCAUUUUACUCUGGGGCAUAAAUAAGUUCACAAAGAAGUUGAGAAACCCCUACGCCAUUGAGAAUAAUGAGUUACUUGAUUUCCUCUCCAGGGUGCCGUCGGACGUUCAAAGGGUGCAGCAUGCAGAAUUGAAACCGUUAGGCGGGUCCAGCCCCAUUAGGAAGAAAUGGAGCGCUUUGUAG